AUGGAACCUUCCGACUGCUUCCUGGCUCCGCCGUCGCGGCGGCGGAAGAUCAAAGGCCUCCGGCAGACCCCGAUCGAUGUACGCCACGACUCCCACAAUAUCAUCAAGAAGCACCCCCCGGCGCCAGCCCCUCGACAGCCAGUGAUCAUCUACACCGUCUCGCCCGAGGUCAUCCACGUCGACCGCAGCGAGUUCAUGUCUCUGGUGCAACGCCUCACUGGCGCCCCCUCCUCCUCCUCCGAUACUAAUUCAGUACUCUCCUCGUCUUCGUCUUUCAGCGACCACCACGGCGGGGGAUCGGAGGGGCUCGACCAACCGGGGAUCGACGCUGCCAUGAGGACGGCAGCCGGUGGCUGA